UUUUAACAGCUCGAUUACAGAAAAAGUGCAACACAUAAUAUCCCAAAAUUGACUGCUGCCCAUGUUUUCCGCCCGGACGCAUUUUAGAGGCGCACAUAUUACAAUGGCAACAUGUUCAAUAAGUAGCGAUUCCACUGAAGAAAUAAAUGAUCCAGGAGCCGCACCUUAUGGCAACUUUAUGAACUAUUACACCUUUAAUCCUCCAGAGAACCGCUUGAGUCUGAUUCCGUCCACACUCCUUCAGGAUUUAGGUUACAGCGACGGCCAUCGGACCACACUGAUCCUGGAUGUUGGAUGUAAUUCUGGGGACCUGAGUGUCGCAUUUUAUAAGCAUCUGGUGAAAGAGCCCGUGUGUGGAGAAGACUCAGACAGGAGCAAAGUUCAUCUCCUGGGCUUUGACCUGGACGAGGCUCUUAUUCAGCGGGCUCAGCAGACCAACCCUCUGCCCAGCAGCAUCUCCUUUAUCCCUCUGGACAUCACUACAGACACCAACCAGCUGCAGGAUUACCUCAACCAGCGUAGCUGCUCCCGCUUCCACCUGAGUCUGUGCCUGGCUGUCACCAUGUGGGUCCAUUUAAACCACGGAGACUCUGGCCUGCUGCAGCUGAUCUCACGCCUGGCCUCUCUCAGCCAGCACCUCCUACUGGAGGCCCAGCCUUGGAAGUGCUACCGCUCUGCGGCCCGGCGGCUGAGGAAGCUGGGACGCUCAGACUUCGACCAUUUCAAGAUGCUGAAAAUUCGUGGGGACAUAGCAGAACAUGCCAGGGAGCAUCUGGAGAGGCACUGCGGCAUGGAACUCAUCCGGAGCUUUGGCAGCACUGCAUGGGACAGAAAACUGCUGCUAUUCAGAAGGAAAUGAUAAAGAGGGAAAAUGUCAAGUUUUCAUCUGCUGCACACUGACAGUAUUCAACAUCAAUUUGGAUAAUUCAUCAUACAAUACAUUUUUAAGAUAAAGGUUAAAAACUUCAAUAGUUUCAGCUUUUGAAAAGUGAAGAUUUGUAUUUCUUUAUCUUAAGUGAGUAUUCUUGGUUUCACAAAAGAAGCAAACCGAAGACAUCCCCAUGGGCUCUGGAGACUGAUGAUUUUUGACAUUUAUUAAGUAUCAUUUUAUGGACCCGACUAUUAAUCCAUGCAUCAAGGAAACUGGCAGAUUGAUCUAUAAUGACAAUUAGUACUUCAACUUACAAUUAUUUUCAUUAAUCUUUUAGUCUGAAUGUCAGAAAGUAGUGAAAAUAUCCAUCACAAUUUCCAAGAGCCUGAGGGGACAUCCUGAAAUAUCUUGUUUUGUCUGACCAAUGUCCCAAAACAUUCAUUCAGUAUUGAUAUAAAAGUGAGAGAAAAGCAGCAAAUCUUCAUGCAUACUGAAUAAGCUGGACUCAAAGAACCCUUUGCACAAAAAUAAUGAAAUAAUUUAAUCAGUGAGUUAUCAAAAUGAUUGCCAAUUCAACUGGGAGUCACAGCUCUAGAGUAAAGCCAAACUGGCAGCUGUAGCUAUUAACAUUUAAACAAUAUUUAUAGCUAAAACUGGAAGCAAAUUUUUUGUAAUUCAUUUAAAAACACUUGACUGUAAUUAACCUGCCUCAACACUGAAUUAUUUUAUUAAAAUAACUGUUUUAACUGUUCACUUUAUGAAUGCGCAAUCAGUACCGUGCAGAUUAUAUAAUAAAACACUGUUUUUCAUAAUGAAGCAGCAAUUCCCUUCUUUAUCAGCUGACUGAACCACAGUGCUCAAUAAAGAAUUAAAAACUUAA